GAAAAAUCAAGAAAUAGACAGGAAGAAGGAAUAUUGAUAAAUGAAGGAAUAGAGAGAGAGAAGGAAGGAGAGACAUAAUAACGAAAGAAAGGAAGGAAGAGAGAGAGAAAAUGAAUAAACUGUAAGAAGUGAAGACAAAGUGAUAAAUGGAAAUGAAAAAAAAAAUGUGAAAUAUGAUCAAGAAAUAAAAAAAAAAUAGAAAAAGAAAACGGGAAUAAAGAAAACGGGAAUAAAGAAAACGGAGAAAACCACCACAAAGAAAACGGGAAAUUAAAAAAAAAAUAAAUAAAUAAACAAAUAAAAGCAAAAGAAAACGAGAAUCCAAAACAAUUUCAAAGACAAACUCAAAAAAAUAAAAAAAAAUAGAAAAGAAAACGGAAUUAAAACAACAUAGAAAACGGGAGUGACAAAAAUUUUCAAGGGGUCACUCAUUUAUAUCUCGCUCAGACAGUCCCCGCCCCCCCCAUGGCCCCGCCCACCUCCCCCAGGACUACCACGCCCACACUGCCUUGGGUGGGCGUGCGGGCGUGCAGGAGCGGCGCCUCUAACUGCUUCAUUGUCUCCAUCCUUCUCACAAUACUCGUGGGUGCCUCAGCCCAGCCAGACUUCGCGCGGCCGCUCAACAAUGUAUCUGUGCCUGUAGGGAGGGACGCCACCUUCUCCUGUGUGGUUAGCGACCUGGGCGGCUACAGGGUGACGGGUGGACGCAAGGAAACUCUACAGGUGGGAUGGGUGAAGGCCGACACGAAGGCAAUCCAGGCCAUACAUAAGCACGUGAUCACCCACAACUCCCGCGUGUCUGUCAGUCACAGCGACCACAACACCUGGAUGCUUCACAUACGCGGGGUGCAAGAGGAGGAUCGAGGCCCCUACAUGUGCCAGAUCAACACGGACCCUAUGCGAUCCCAGAUCGGCCACCUGGAAGUCACGGUGCCCCCAGAAAUUGAUGACGCGACCUCCUCCUCCGACGUGAUGGUUCCUGAGGGCUCCAACGCGAUUCUCUCCUGCCACGCCAAAGGAUACCCGGUGCCCAAGAUCACGUGGGUGCGGGAGGACAAAAAGCCGCUCUCACUCCGCACCAACGAUGUAGCCAAGCCAAAAGUCAAGCAUAUGAACUACGAGGGCGCUGUGCUUAACCUGACGCAGAUCACGAGGUCUGAUAUGGGACCUUACCUGUGCAUCGCUAAUAACAACGUACCGCCUCCUGUCAGCAAAAGGAUAAUUGUACAAGUUACCUUUCGGCCAGUUAUCCACGUGCCGAAUCAGUUGAUAGGUGUACCCGUGGGAAGUCCAGCAACCCUUGUGUGCAACCUGGAGGCGUCCCCAAAGUCAAUACAGUACUGGACUCGUGACUCAGGGGAGAUUGUGAUUAGUAACAGCGAGUACAAAGUGUUUGAAAAGUACACAAACUACUACAUGACCACGAUGACUCUCAAUAUCUCGUCCUUCAAGGCCAGCCACGCCGGGGUCUACCUCUGCACUGCCAAAAACUCACUGGGAGAAACGCAGGGCAGGAUUGAGGUGUACGAGAUCGACGUGCCAACCCAACCCCCUCUGGAAGAAGACUACGAGGAGGAGGAGAAGGAGGAGGCGAUUGGGGGGCGGGGAUCCCAGACAGAUAGACGGGGGCACAUAAAUGAGGUCGGAUAUGGGGGGGAGGGGCGGAAUGGGCACCUCCCUCGACCCCACGACCCCACCAACAGGCACCAGGAGGGGCGGGGAGGGCCACGGCACCCCCAACACCAGACAGAACCUCGAGGGAGCUAAGAAGAAGGACUCCAGUAGGUUUUAUCCAGGGGGGCAGGAGGGGGGUCCGCGCCCCACCAGGAAUCCUUGGUGGGCACGGGAGGACUCCGCCGCCCCCCUCUGGCAACCCCGCCUGUCCCUGGUGGUGGUGAUGGUGGUGGUGGUGGUAGCGCAGUGUGUUGCCUGAAGGAGAUGCUGAUAGUGUUAUUAUUAUUAUUAUUAUUAUUAUUAUUAUUAUUAUUAUUAUUAUUAUGGCUGUUGUUGUUGUCAUUAUUGUAUAUAGUGUGUGUGUGUGUGUGUGUGUGUGUGUGUGUGUGUGUGUGUGUGUGUGUGUGUGUGUGUGUCUAUAUACUCCCCAUAACCCCGUAUAUAAUGUAUUGUCACCCCUCCCCACCCCCUUCCCUCCCCUUCUCCCCACUAAUCACCCCACUAGUGUAAGACUCGUAUAUCCCCCCACUACACUCACCCCAGUACAGUCACCCCCACACCCCUCCACUUUACCCCUCCUCUCCCUCACCCCUGGAUAAACCCAAUGCUCACCCCUUUACCCUCAGAUCACCCCUCUCCGCCCCCCUUUAAGACACACACACUACCCCAUCACCCCAACAAAAAUACAGCCCCUCUUUCAAAACACCCCAAUUCUGUCACCCUUCCACACACCCCCUAUAAAAACUGCUCCCCGUAACACACUUCACCCCAGCUCCCCCUCACCCCAGCCCCUCCGCCCCCCCUACAGUAUACAAUAUUGUUUAGUGAUAUAUUCGUAUACAUGUAUGCAAAAAUGUAUAAAAAAAGCAACAACAACAAUGAAAUAAAGACACACAUGUAUUAAUUUGCAUGUAUACUGAGGUCACAUUCAUACAUACAUACAUACAUUGAUAAGACGUGUAUAUUUGCCCUUACAUGCAUACAUAUACAGUACACACGCUAUGUAUACUUGUUAAUAUACACAAAGUUAAGUAUACAUAGGACUGCAUGCCUCUAAUACAUAUACAUACAUACAUAUCGUUUUUUUGUAAUCAUAUCGUCCCGUCUCUUAGUUAGCAUACAUUAUACAUAGCUGAGAGUGAACAGACAGACAGACAGACAGACAGAUGGACAGACAGACCCAAACAGGAAAAAAUUAUAAAUGAUUGACAAAGAGAAAUCAAAUAAAAUAAGAUUAAAAUUAA